AUGUCUUGGACUCCUGUCCUGCUCGCACUCCUCGUCCACUGCAUAGGCUGUGGCUCUCAGCCAGUGCUGAACCAGCCGCCGUCCAUGUCCUCGUCCCUCGGAACCACAAUCCACCUGCCUUGCACCUUGAGCAGAGACCAUGAUGUCAGCAUUUAUAACAUCUACUGGUACCAGCAGAGGCCCGGCCACCCUCCCAGAUUCGUGCUAAGAUAUUUCUCCCGCUCGGACAACAACCAGGGCUUCAAGAUCCCACCUCGCUUCUCCGGAUCCAAAGAUGUGGCCAAGAACACGGGGUAUUUGAGCAUCGCUGAGCUGCAGCCUGAGGAUGAGGCUACGUAUUACUGUGCUGUGGGAGCCCAGGGCAUGGAGAAGGCACAGAUGCUGCUGGUGGCCAGAGAUGCCCGGGUGAUAGCAACUAAAAGUCAAACAGAAAUGCAAGUGUUGAGGGAAUACAGGCAGGUCCCUGACAGCAUCUACUACAAUCUCCAGAGGCUGAAUGAAGUACGCCCGCGAAGAGGCACGGGCUUCCGAAUGUUCUACCCUCUGAUGAUCCAGUUCGAUCUCGACUUCAGUUCAGCGGACGUCAGAUCUGUCCCACAGAGUCGCACCUCUGGCCACAGGUGA